ACGGUUCUGUUAGUGCGGAAGUAUGUCGAGUUUCUCUAAGGCAGCCCAGCAAUGGGCCACUUUUGCUCGAGUGUGGUAUCUCUUAGAUGGGAAAAUGCAGCCCCCUGGCAAACUGGCUGCUGCAGCAUCAGUAAAGCUCCAAGGAUUACACAAGCCUGUGUACCAUCAGCUGAGUGACUGCGGGGAUCAUGUUGUCAUAAUGAACACCAGACACAUUGCAUUUUCUGGAAACAAAUGGGAACAAAAAGUAUAUUCCUCACACACUGGCUAUCCAGGUGGAUUUAGACAAGUAACAGCUGCUCAGCUUCACAAGAAGGAUCCAGUGGCAAUCGUUAGACUGGCUAUUUAUGGUAUGCUGCCCAAAAACCUGCACAGGCGGGUGAUGAUGCAGAGGCUGCACCUCUUCCCAGAGGAGGAUAUUCCAGAAGAUAUUCUUAAAAAUUUAGUGGAGGAACUUCCUCAGCCACGGAGAGUGCCCAAACGGCUGGAUGAGUACACACAAGAAGAGACCGAGGCAUUCCCAUGGGUGUGGUCCCCGUAA